AUGGACCCGUCCAUCACGCUGUGGCAGUUCCUGCUCCACCUGCUGGAGGAUCAGCGGCAGCGUCACCUGAUCUCCUGGACAAGUGAGGACGGAGAGUUCAAGCUGCUGGACUCCGAGGAGGUGGCGCGACUAUGGGGUCUCCGCAAGAACAAAAAUAACAUGACUUACGACAAGCUGAGCCGAGCGCUGAGAUACUACUACGACAAGAAUAUCAUAAAGAAGGUGAGCGGUCAGAAGUUUGUCUAUAAGUUUGUGAGUCAGCCUGACCCCUCCCUGGCUGAAGGGCUUCGUAACGGAGAGGAAGGCCAAAGGAGGGACAUCUCCGACCCUAACGGCCAAUCAAUAGGCCUCGAGGGCGGGACCUCCACCUGUCCGUCAAAGAGCUUACAGGUACACUUUGACUUCCUUCCUCUUUGUGUAUUUCUGCACAGUGAUAUCAUCACAUACACAUAACCUUGCCCCAACAUAUUUAAGUGAC